AUGAUGCAGGCGUGCAUGUCGAAACAGAUCAUAGCGAAUAUCCCUACAACGCCUACGCUAUCAAAUAAAAUUCUGGACGCUUGUCUGCGGGUCGACAAGGUAGCCAACGGGGAGGGCCUGGAUAAGGCCUUCAAGUGGUUCACCCAUACGCCCAAGACGAACCACAUGUCCACUAUGCAAUACGACAAGCGACAUGUGCGCAUGGAGGUGCAGCCUUACACCGUCACUAAGCUAAUGCGAGCCCUAACGGCUUCCGAACGGUACGCCGACGCGGCCGUGGUCUUCAAACACUGGAACAAGAAGAUGGAUCUUGAGCUGUCAGCGUACCAUGUCCUAUUCGACAUCGCCGCCAAAGACAGCACCCAUCUGUCUGCGGGGGUUAAGCACAUGGAGAAGAUGAGGCAAAUAGGUCCUAUCCCCAAUGAAAAGUGCUACACGGAUUUGGCAGCAGCCGCGCUGCACCACGGCAAGAAGGAGAUCGCCGCCAGAGUGAUGAGUUAUUACGAAUUGGAUGCCAUGAAGGAGUCUGUGUUGAGUCGCCGGUUACGGGCGGAGAGUGCCGAAAAGUAG